AUGGAGGAGACAUCCGACAAUCAGAUCCGCAUUACUGCUGCUUUCACCCCCACUGAUACACCAUUUGUCACAGGAAAUAAUGGGGAAACACUCCUGAAAGUUCCAAGGCUCGGUGGGAGAACAUACCCGAGAUAUCGGGCUUCUACUUUCACAAUCAGGUAGGCCCGACCUGAUGCCGAACUCAGCUCAUGGCUCCACAUCAGUCUCAGAGGAUGAAGCAGGGGAACCAGCAGAGCUCCGGCAACAGCCUCGAGGCAGUAAAGCUCUGUUUAAACGGCAACCUGAACCUCAGUAG